UCAUGGUUUUAUCACAGAGACGGUUUGUGCUAAAUGUGUGUUUUUCUGUCCCAGUUCUGCUUCCAGGCCGGCCUGCUGAUCGCCGUGACGAUGUCUACUUUGGUGUCUCUGAGCCGCCUCUACACUGGCAUGCAUUCGGUUCUGGAUGUGAUUUGCGGCGUUUUGAUCACUGGAUUCCUGAUUCUGCUCAGCUACCCUUACUGGGAGACGUUCGAUAGGUUCCAGCUGACCAACCCUCUGUCCCCCAUCGUCGCUCUGUCGCUGCUGCUCUUUCUAAGCUACACAUAUCCAGAGCUGGACCAUUACAGCACCACACGGGGCGACACCACCACCAUCCUGGGAGUGUGCGCCGGCUGCUCGGUGGGAUACUGGACAAACGUGCAACUGGGCCACACCUUCGAGCCCCAGGAGGCGCUACCGGUUCCCCUACCCCCGCUGACGGCGCUGUCUCUGGCUAGAGGUGUUGGACGCAGCCUGGUUGGAGUUGUUGCCCUGGUGGGGACGCGGCAGAUAGUGAAAAAGCUGAGUUUGGACUUGUUGUACUAUUGGUACGGGUUUCCUAGAACGGAUGAAAAUGCCAGGAGGAGGAAGGAGAUCGAAGUGCCGUCCAAGUUUGCCACGUACACGGCUGUUGGACUGGUUAACUCUAUAUUGGUCAACAGAUUCUUUGUUUUAAUUGGGCUCCUAUGACCAUCAUCUCUGAUCAAUAAACCUCAUAUUUAUCUCACUGUAUGGAUGUUUUCUUAUGCUGGGACAGAACUGAAUGUUUGACUCCUCAGUGGGAAGGAUUC